AUUUAGAUUCGAUCUAAUCAUAUAUUAGGUUUUAAAUUUUAUUAUCUGAUUCGAUCUAAUUAAUUUCAAUCAUCCAAUCGAUCUAGUAUUUAUUGGAUGUUAGAUUGGAUCUGUUCUAUUAAUUGGAUGUAUUUAUUGGUUUAAUUUGGGUUUAUCCAAUAUUUUAAGUUGGAUCAUCAUAUCCAUCUAAUCUUAAAGUCCAAUAGGAUUAGGUUCAUUCAAUUAAAAAAAAAUAGAAUAAUAUUUUAAUAUUAAUUUUUAUAUAUACAUAUAUUUUACGUAUAAUAAUAUAAAAUCUAAUUACUCAUUUAAAUUAAAUGAAAAUACCAAUUAGUUCGAUCGGAUAUUAGAUACAUUAAUUUGUUAGACACUUCAUCCAACAUCCGAUCAAAUCUAAUUGGAUAUUUAAAAAUAACAUCUUAUCUGAGCUAAUCACAAUUGGAUAUCCAGUGCUUGGCGGUCAAUUGCAAUUAGAUCGGUCAGUUUUCGUUGAAUUAAAUCAAUUUAUGACAUUCCCAGCAGUGAUAGUUGAAUUUAAUUUUGAGCUAUAAUAUGUUUUACUUUUAGUAAAAAGAAAGAACGAAAAAAAUAAUAUUAUUUUAAACCUUAUAUAUUACAAAAAUUAUCGAUUAGUCUUUCGAUAAAUAUCAAAUUGGACUUUAAAUUUUCAUAAAAGAUACAAAAUACUAAAAUAAUAUUUUAAGCUCAAUUUUUGACAAUUUUUUUAAUAUAACCAACAUAAAGGAAAAUCUAGCAUGAACAAAUACAAAAAAUAUCCCCAGUUUUAUCAUAACAUCUCUAGAUCAAAUAAUUAUUAAGUUUUAUUUAAACAAAAAAAAUAACUGAAAGUAUUAUUUUGUACUAUUUUAAAAAAUACAAAAUACAAUUAAAUAGUUCCUAAUAACUAAUAAAUAAACUCUACCAAAAAAAAAAAUCGUAAACGACAUGAAAAGUCAUAAAACGACAAGAAAAACUAAAAACGACAAAAUAAAAAGCAUCAGUGUCUUCGUCGUCGUCAAGCUCAGUUGGUCAAACCUUACUGAGCAGCCAGCCAUGGAGGUUGACCCAGCAGUAGAAUCCGAACCAGAAAUCGUUAACUUCGGCAAAUCUAUAAUAGUUCCAAGUGUUCAGGAGCUAGCCAAGCUUCCAUUACUCCACCUUCCUCCACGCUAUUCCCAUUGCUUUCAACAAUCUCCGAUCAACUCCAAUGAUCCAUUGUCGAUUCCAUCAAUCCCUAUUAUUGAUCUCCACCGUUUGGGUACGACGGAAUUCACUGAUUCUGAGGUUCAGAGAUUACACUCCGCUUGUCGAGAGUGGGGAUUUUUCCAGGUUAUAAAUCAUGGGAUUAGUACUUCAUUACUAGAUAAGUUCAGGACAGAGGUUGAGAAUUUCUUCAAACUUCCUUAUGAGGAAAAGAAGAGGUUAUGGCAGCAGCCAGACAAUCAUGAAGGUUUCGGGCAAUUGUUUGUUGUAUCAGAAGAGCAGAAGUUAGAUUGGUCAGACAUGUUUUACAUAACCACAUUGCCACUUAACUUGAGGAAGACUCAGCUUUUCGAAAAGCUUCCAAUCGAACUCAGAGACACUAUGGAAGCUUAUUCAAUGGAAGUGAAAAAGCUAGCUAUGGUGAUCUUAGAUCACAUGGCGAAAGCUUUGAAGAUGGAUGGUGAGGAAAUGAGAGAUUUGUUUGGUGAAGGAGUUCAAUCAAUUAGGAUGAAUUAUUAUCCUCCUUGCCCCGAACCAGAUUUGGCUAUUGGCUUUACUCCUCAUUCUGAUGCUGAUGCUCUUACAAUCCUCUUCCAACUCAAUGAUACCGAAGGGCUUCAAAUCCGAAAGGAUGGAAAUUGGGUUUCAGUGACACCACUUCCAAAUGCUCUGGUUGUUAACAUUGGAGAUGUCAUGGAGAUUGUGAGCAAUGGUACAUACAAGAGCAUUGAGCAUAGAGCGACGGUAAAUUCAUCAAAAGAGAGGCUAUCAGUUGCUACAUUCUAUAGUUCCAAGCUUGACUCGGAAUUGGGACCUGCUCUUAGCAUUAUUGGCCCCGAAAACCCAGCCAUCUUUCGACGAGUCCCCAUUGAAAAUUACUUCAAGGAAUUCUUUGCUCGAAAGCUCAGUGGUAAGUCCUACCUUGAUUUCAUGAAAGUGGAGAACCAACAAUAAAAUGUGACAGAUGAAACAAAGGAGCUUACAAGUUGAUUAAUAAACUGCUGAAGCAGAACCACUACAGCAAUGUUGUAGUGAGUGAUUUAAUAAAAAUUCAUACAACGUAUACAUACUCCUAUAUACAUAUAUAUAUAUAUAUACAUAUAAAUGUAGGAAUAUUCAUCAUUGUAUGAUUGUAAAUUUCACAAUUUUCUAAGGUUUUCUCCUUUACUUGGUUAA